AUGCGUAUAAAACGGAUUGAAAUCGACGGUUUCAAGUCGUAUGCGCAGAAACAGACCGUGGAUGGAUUCGAUGCGCAGUUCAACGCAAUCACCGGCCUGAACGGAUCGGGCAAAUCCAAUAUCCUCGAUGCAAUCUGCUUCGUCCUCGGCAUCACCAACUUGAGCCAGCUCUCGGAUCUGGUCUACAAGCAAGGCCAAGCCGGGAUCACCAAAGCCACCGUAACAAUUACAUUUGACAAUACCGAUCCAAGCAGUCGUCCAGUUGGCUUCGACAGAUACACCGAAAUCAUUGUUCGAAGACAAAUAGUGAUCAAUGGCCGAAAUACGUACACGAUAAAUGGAAUUGCGGCCACAAACAGUCGUGUUGCGGAUAUGUUCCGAACGGUCGGGCUAAAUGUGAACAAUCCACAUUUUCUGAUUAUGCAAGGCCGCAUCACUAAAGUACUCAAUAUGAAACCAAUGGAGAUAGUGAUCAAUGGUCGGAAUACGUACACGAUAAAUGGAAUUGCGGCAACAAACAGUCGUGUUGCGGAUAUGUUCCGAACGGUCGGACUAAAUGUGAACAAUCCACAUUUUCUGAUAAUGCAAGGCCGCAUCACUAAAGUGCUCAACAUGAAACCAAUGGAGGUGAGAUCAUCAUAUUUUUGCUGA